UCUAUAAUACGAUUAAGCUUCGAUUAAGCUUAUCCUAUGUGGCAGCCCUCAAAUCUCACCAUCUCAAAUUCCUUAGCCUACGUGGCAUAUAUUCUCCCAGCCCUCAACACACGCUUUAGGUUAUAAUUCUCCUCCACACACGCUUAUUCUCUCUUUUUGCUUGGAGGCUGGAGCGUUGACUACCAUAUAUUCUCCCAGCCGUUUACUGCCUCAAUCACGGUGCAAGCAGCGUUUCUCACCCAGCCUGCAAGCAGCGUUUCUCACCCAGCCGUCCGUUUACUGCCUCAAUCACGGUGCAAGCGGCGUUUGUGCUUCAUUCAUACCAAUUUCAUUCAUUUUUUUCAUCUACUCAUCUAAAAAUUAUCUCAAUCUCAGUGACGUUUCACUACAAUCAAGUCAAAAAAUCACUAUAAAACAUUGUCGGAAAGAUUUAUUUUUUACCAUGUUCGAUUCUUUCAUUCAUACCACUGAUUUUCACAAAACUUCACAAAUCCGCCGCUCACCGGGUGUUGGGAACGGCCGUUCGACCGUUAUAAGGUGCGUUGUCCCGUUGUCAGAAUAGAGGUUAUGAACAGCCAGAACAGAGCUGUCCACAUGUCGACGACUAAUGGAUGUAUACGCUUGAGUGCCCUCGACGAUAAAAUGAGAAAUAAAACUGUAACUGUCAGAAACCUUCGCUUGUGGAUUCAAAAGGACAUGUCAGGAAAAGAAGGCAUAGAAAUGAUUUUAGUCGACGAAUGGGGUGAUAAAAUCCAGGCUUCCAUCUCUGCAAGCUACAAGAGUAACUUUUUGCCUUUACCCAAAGAAGGGCAAAUAACAAUGAUAGAAAAAUUUCAAGUGUUGAAAAACAAGCCCAAUCUCCAAAAUACAAAGAUCAAUCAUGCGUGUAAGAUUGGCUUCAGCCUUGCUUCGAAAGUGUCAAUGCCAAACGAAAAUGUCAAAAUUACCGAAAAUGGUUUUGAUUUCAUUUGUUUCAAGGAUAUAUGCAUGCACGACCCGACAUUCGUCGUGGACGAGAUGAUGCUCUUUCAAGUUUUAGACGAGAUGAUUCUCUUUCAAGUUUCAGACAAGAUGAUGCUCAGAAGUUAGAGGUGAUCUGUCAAGUUUGCGACGAGAUGAUGCCCACAACUUGGUUGAUCUUAAAACUCCAAAUGAUACAAUGUUCGAUAAAUCAGUUAUGGUCUUUUAAAUAUCAGGUGAGAUUAUUUUCAUAAUUAGUUAUGCUUUUAGAAGUUCGGAAUUAUAUGAUACUCACAAUUCAAUUAUGAUUUUUCAAACUCCAUAUAAAAUUAUGGUCAAAAGGCAAAAUAAAAAAAAUUGAACAAAAUUAAUAAAUCUUGUAACAACAAAUGCAACAAAUCAAUCCUCCAUCAUACCUAUGUCAAAUUUAUAUGUAUUUCUACUCUUUUUUUUUUCUUACGCGUCAACUUUUUAUAAAAUUUCAUAUGAAAACUAAUGGGUAUUUUUAUGAUUUCAACAAAAUUAAUAAUUUAAUUACUAAAAGUUGUUGAGAUUAAUAUAAUUUAAAAUGUA